UAAUAAAAAAAAUUUUGAAAUAAUUUUUCAUUAAAUUUGUACUAAAAUAUUGAUGAAAUGAUAAUGAAACGAGUCAAUUGAGACAGGGAUUUUCAAAGAUUUUUAUAUUCCAGCAAAAUUUUAUUCUACGUAUUAUUAGUAAAAUAUUCCAGGAAUCAUAACCGCAAAAAUAUUUUAAUCGAUAUACAGACAUAUUUAACCAUGCUGAGUCUCUUAGCAUAUUUUCCAAAUCAAACACAAUGAAGUAAUGAGUUAAACUUAAACGCAUUAGCUCUGGUUACUUCUGAUAAUAUUUUUCUAAUUAAACUUCCUCUUGAGGUCUAGAAAGUCAUCUCGGUCUGUCUCGUUAAUAUGUUUAUAGUACGCCACUUUAUGGUAUUGGACAAAUAUUCGCGUAAAGAGUACGUUAAGAUCCUAUCCGAUAUAUAUUGAGAUUGUAUUUAAAGCAUGUAAAGAUGCACGUGAAUUGCGUUUCAAGAAGAAUGAGAGAUCGUAUUGGACGAGUGGUUCCACGCAAACCGGGCUUUGCCGUCUUGUCUGCCGACGAUUUCGCGAAGCUAAAACAGGACAUCACGAAUUCAAAUCUUAUCAUUAACCGGCACAUUAAGAUAAUACUUUAUCGAGCGUGUGCACUCGUGUCCGGAAUAUCUCGUUGAUCGUCGUUUAGAUCAGUAUUUACCUUUUGCUUAGUGUAAUUUAUUGUAAGUCCAUUUCGCGUAAACACUUGCGUCACGAUGCUCGCGUCAAUCGUAAAGCAGUCGCAAGUCGCUGUACCUCAGAAAGACUGUUCUGUUUAUUUUAAGCGGUAUACCAGUAAAUACCCUCUUUUGUUAUUUUUUAUUGUAUGUACAUUUAGGCAAUAGCUUAGGGCCGUGACACAUACAUUGUGUAACAAUAUGUAGUACAUGAUUGUAGUAGUAAACGCGUUAUUAUAUUACAUCGGCAAAAUGUCUUAUUUUCCUUUUUCUAAAUAACGUGUUUCAAUUUUUUUCAAUUAAUCCCUAUAAGCUACAUCGAAUAUUUCAAAUUUCUUGUAUAUGUUUAUUCAAACUACCAAGGAUUGUAAAUACAUGUAUAGUAAUAAAAACGAUUAUUAGAAGAGAAAUAGAAUAAUAUCUGGCACACUGUUUUGCAUCAAUAAACAAGAUAUAAUAUUAACGUAAUGCUCGGCCACGUAAUGAGGCACUAGUAGACUCUUAAAUUGACUUGCUUUGAAACAUUUCCGAGAAUGUGUUUGAGAAUAACUUCGUAAUAUCAAGUAACUUUGUUCGGUCAUGGUCAGAAAGGUUGUCCGACGUUUUACAAUAAGUUUACGCUUGCGUCUUUGACGUAAGCUAUUACGUUGCUUUGUGCUCCGACUGAUAAGGGGCAGUGCCACUACACAAUAUUUUGACAUCCCCACUUUCAGGGUAUUUUCAGCGCAUGCACGUAACAGUUAAGCCAAUGGCACAUGAUAUUAUUUCUCCUACUAAAUUGCUUACGAGAGCCAAUCAAGAUACAGAAUUUUAAACUAAUAACUUAAGUGCCCAUCUACAAUAGAAAUUUAAUUAUACAUAUAUGCAAUAUAGCAUGUAUUACAAAUACAUAUGCUUCGCAUGCCUGGAAGCAACAGUAGAAUUACAUUUCUGCACAAAUGCAUAUAAUACUGUAUAAUUUAUUAAAUUCUGUAAGACUGUACAUAAGAAAUUUUUUCCAAGGCAUAUGUAUUUAAAAUAAACACACUAUAGAAAGGGAUUUUGUAUAGGUGUACACAUAUCUUACAUAUUUUUAUUUUUUGUAUGUUUAAAAUAAAUAUUUUUUAUACUUUCUGAAAAUACAGUUUGUAUUAAUAAGGUGAGUAUCAUAAAAAAAUUCAAGAGUUGUAUUUAUCGACUCCCAGCGAUUUCACGUAAACUUUAUUAUUAUCUUUUCUGUGCAGUAUUUUCUCCACAAGGUUCAUAUUGUGAUGCACUCGCUUUAGCAACAGAUAUUCUGCGAUAGUCCUCGAGUACAUAGAUUGCAGGAUUACGCUACACUUUUACAAUCUUAACUUCUUCGCAGGUAUUAACGCGUCAAGCAUUUAUUAUACGAUUAAAUAUGCAAAUUGCAAAUUUUUAUAGGGGGAUUUUCGGGAUCACUGAUUACGAUUUUCACAUCACAGCAUUGUAGGAAUAUUAAUUCAACAUGGCAGAAUCAAUAUGGCGGAUUGUGUAUUUGAAAAAUCAACAGCCUUUGAUUAUUGCAACUUAUUGAGAUCUGAAGAGUGAUAUAAAAGUUAUUUAAAAAUAAUACUUAAGAAAUUUUAAUUUUAAAGACAAAUAUCUCGCUGAAGAAGCAUUAUAAAGAAAAAUAUUAGGAAUUUAUGAGAUUAUUUUCACCUACACUAUAUGUUCACGAGAAAUCACUAGCCUUUACUGAGACACCCUCUAUAUCCAAUAGAGUUCGCUGGGGUAGUUUUCUGUAACUGCCACACGAAACCCCUAUCCAUUAUACAACUCCAGAUCCCAGAUGUUCCGUGAGUUUUCCUGUGUGAGGUUAUAAAGGCUUAUUAAAGCUCAAAUUCGAACAUAUGAAAUUUCGUGAAGCAAUCAAUUGUGCUGUUUUAAAGGCAUUCCCUGUUGGCAAUUUGAUAGACGGAAAGGAAAAUGUGUUGGUUCUGUACAAAUAAUCAAUGGAAAGUCUAGCAUUGCAAAUUCUUCAGAACCAGUAAUUAUUGCUAUUUUGAAAACGUGUUCAGUUUGGAGGUUUAAAGGUUUGCUUUCUGUUAUGCUAGUUUUUCGAAUUGUUAUUGCAUUCUCUAGUUAGAAGAGAGAAAAGAUUUGUUAUUUUUGUGUUAAUGUAUGUGAUGUUUUUAUUUCCUAUUUUAUUAUACCAAUGCUUGGUUUAGCAUCAGGUAAACCAAUGACACGGAUGCAUUGUGUUAGCAUGUAUCGACGUUAUUUGCUUAUCUGAUUCUACUUUAUACACUAGUAAAAAAAAACAAGAAACACUUCGCUAAAAAAGACUAUAUUCAAAUCACUGCAACUCUGCGAAAAAUCAUAGAUGAAUAAUUCAGAAAGCAUUUUCAGGCUUGAAAUUUAUACUUUAAUGUGCUAUCAACAGUUUUCUAACUCCUUUUCAUCUUUACUAUCCUAUGUUUUAAUAAAGAACAGUGUUUGUCCCUUGAAAUUACGUAUUUGACGUUCUGCAGCUGGAUAAAAGAUUUGUUCUUGAAAAAUACAACAGAAAUAUCAUAAAGUACAACUUUUCUCCUACAAAAUGCUUUCUUAAAAAAUUUCCUAUGAUUUAUUUUUGUAAGUUACAUGAUUUUGAAGCCAACGAUACAUUUUUUUGAAAAAUGACGUUUGCCGCCGAUAUCAGCGUUCUUCAAUAUGGAGAUUGCCGUUUGAAUUGGGUAUAUUUAUUAGAAUAUCAUAUGCAUGUAUGGGGGUAAAUUUUGAUGUAGGUUUGGAUUUACGUGUAUCAUCGUCAUCAUCGUCAGUUACGUGAUAUCACAGCGGAACUUUCCUAUCUUUGACACCAGGGGAAAAAACGUAUUUUAUAUCGAGCACUGCAUAAAAUAGAACAAUUAAAAUGACGUUAGUUGAAGAAUGGUUGUGGAAACAUUACACAAAAAAAACUUUUGACAUAAUAAUAUGUAAUCAUUGCGAAGAAGUUUUUUCCAAACAAAAUAGACUGCAAAUCUUAAAACAUCACUUAUACGAUAAACAUGAAAUAACGGAAUUAGACGAACAUCCAGACCGUGACAAUAUACAGCAAAAUUACAAAAUAACAAGUCUAACGGCAACAUGCAACCAUUGUAUGAAAAGAAUUGAUCUUGCAAUUAUUGGUGUGAGCAUUUUAUUAAUUCAUUUAAAACUUAAGCACUCAGACAAAUAUAAUUUAAAAGAGAGAAAAAUAUCACAUAUAUGGAACAGAUACGAUGAAAAGGGCGACAAUGUAAUGUGCAAAGUAUGUAAGAAAACAAUAAAAUUAAAUAGUAAACAUUUAACAUCAGGUUUACGCCGACACUUAAUUCAUUGUCGAGGGACCAAAAAUGAUGAUUUGGACGUACAUAAGUUAAUGGAAGUGCAAACAAGAUCGCACGUACAAUGGACGGAGUGGAAAACGUCCUUACGUAAGAAGUACAUCACAACAUUCACAACAACGUGCAAUCGAUGCAAAAAACCAAUAACAAUUUAUUGUAGAUAUCCAGCAUUAAGUUUAAAAGCACACUUACGUAGUUGUCCAGCAUCUACAAAUAAUCUUUUGGAGAAACAUAAGUUAAAGAAGAAAUCCAGAAUAAAAGAAAUAUGGAAUUAUUAUGAUGUAAUUGACGACAUGACGGUAUGCAAAAGAUGUAAGAGACCAAUAAAAGCAGAUGAUAGAGUUACCUCAAACUUACACACCCACGCUCGUAUUUGUGGUAAUAUUGAGAAGAGGAAACGAAAAGUAACACAAAUAUUGGACAAAUUUGAUAUAACGGGCGACAAGGCGAAAUGCAAAGGAUGUAGGAAAACAUUAAAAGUAUGUGGUAAAUAUCCAGCACCAAAUUUAGCUAACCACUUAAAAUAUUGUCGGCCACCUAAGUUCGAUGAGUUUGGAAGAGAAAUAAAGGAAAGUUUAAAAAUAUCACACCUAUGGGACGAAUACGAUAUAACGGGCGACCAGGCGACAUGCAAAGGAUGUAAGAAAAUAGUAAAAGUAAAUAGUAAAUUUCCAAGAUCAAAUUUAUUCCGACACUUUCGCAGUUGUCCCCGGGUAGAAGUUGAUUUGCUAAAGAAAGAUGAGGUGAAAACGAUACGAAGACUGUCGCAAAUAUGGGAAAAGUUUGAUGAAGACGGAGACAUGAUGAUAUGCAAACAAUGUAAAAAAGCAAUAAAAAUGUCUAAUGCAAAGACAACAUCAAGUUUACACAGUCACCUUCGUCACUGUCGGCAGACACCAGAAAAAACAAACAUAUGGGACAAUUUCGAUGUAACAGGCGACAAGGCGACAUGCAAAGGAUGUAAGAAAACAAUAAAAGUAAAUAGUAAAUAUCCAAGAGUCAGUGUAUACAGACACUUUAAUAGCUGUCCGUUAGUAAAUAAAGAACCGAAUAAAUUAGAGAAAAAAAGAAUACUCUCAAAACUAUGGGAGAAGUACAAUAUAAUAGGCAUAGCGACAUGCAAACAAUGUAAGAAAACAGUAGAAGUAAACAAUAAAUGUCCAAAAAUAAGUUUAAAGCAGCACUUACGUUACUGUCAGUCAUCUACAAGUGAUCAAUCGGAUAAAUGUAAAUCAAAGAAAAAACAAAAAAUCUUAAAACUACGGGACAAGUACGAUAUAAUAUACAAGACAGCGACAUGCAUACAUUGUAACAAAAUAAUAAAAUUAAAACAAAGAAAAUUGAAUAGUAAAACUAUAACAUCAGCUUUAAACCUACACUUCCGUAUUUGUCGUGUAAGUGAAGAUGGAUUAAAGAAGAUACGAAGAAGAUCACAAUUAUGGGAUAAGCUCAAUGUAACGGGCAACAAGGCGACAUGCAAAGGAUGUAAUAAAACAGUAAAAGUAACUAGUAGAUUUCCAACAAGAAACAUAGCCAGUCACUUGAAGCAUUGUCCGGUAUUUGCAUAUAAUCGAUUGGAUACACGUAAACCAGAGGUAACACGACAAAUCUCAGAACCAUGGGACAAGUACGAUGUAACGGGCGACACAGCGACAUGCAAAGGAUGUAAGGAAACAAUAAAAUUAAAUAGUGAAACUCCAACAGCAAAUUUAAACGAACACUUAGAAUAUUGUCGGUCAUCUGAAAAUAAUGAUAUGGAUAAAUAUAAGUUAGAGAAGAUACGCAGAAAAUCAAUACUGUGGACCAAGUUCGAUGUAACGGGUGACAGAGCAGUGUGCAAACAAUGUAAGAAAUCGGUAAAAGUAAAUGCUAAACUGCCAACAGUUAAUUUAAACCAUCACUUUCGUUGUUGUCAGUUAAAGAAGGAACUAAAGUAUAUGAUGUGAGAUAAGUACGAUGUAACAAGCAACACAGCGACGUGCAAACAAUAUAAAAAAUUAAUAAAAGUUAAAAGUAAAAACUAUCCAAUAUCGGGUUUAAACCAUCGCUUUCGUCGUUGUUGGUAAGUAAUCAGAAAAUCGCGUAUCGACAGUUCGGUGUACGAUCGACAACCUGCAUAUCGACGCACAGUUCUGAAAAGUCGAAAUAGACGCGUGAACAACAUCUUAAGUAAUAUACAUGUUAUUGCGAAUAAUAUAUUACCACAGCCCCGGUGGUCGAGCUGGCUAAGACGCCCGUCACGGAUUGUAGGCAGGUCCCGGGUUCGAAUCCCGGUUGGGGUAAUAUUUUUCGCAAUAAGAAUUUUAAUCGCCAGAUAUGGUCAACAAAAUCACCAAUAUUGUUAAUUACUACUGGCAACCUUAAGAAUAUUCUAGUUUAAAGUUUAUGUAUUGCGCAUUGUUUAUUGUGUAAUACAUUUAUCUUAUACAAAAGGCAGCGAAACCUGUGAUCAUACUGUACAUAUAACCGACACACUAGAUUUGAUAGAUUAUUCUAUUCACAUACGGAAAAGAUUUAUAGUAGUGCCAAUGAAAUGAACAUAAGAUAAAUA